AUGAGCGAAAUACAUACAGAAACGACAGACUCUUCUGGUACCUCUAAGAAUCUUCAUCCAAAGAGUAAUAAUUUAUUCACACGUAAUUCAUAUUGGACGAGUAUUGCUAUGAGAACAAGUUCAUUUGUUGCUAUUUUGGUAAUGUUUACGAUUCCAAAAGAGUAUGCAUUCAUCUCAGCAAUUGUAAAUAUUAUAACAUCAACACUGGUAAUGAUUAAAACAGUGAGAGGUAUACCAUUCUAUAGAACCUAUAUCAAUUCAUUAAUGUUUGGAGUAUCAUGUGGAUGCAUUACAAGCUCAUGUGGAACUUUGUUGGCUUUCCUAGUCAAUAAUUCAGAUAUGGGAGGAGAUGUAUUCAACUACAUUGGAAUUGGGGUUUCGGGUUUAACGAUAUUAUUGACCAUGUUGAGUUUAAUUGUUGGAUUUGCAGGAUUUGAGAUUUAUCUGCGGAUGAUUAGAAAGUGGCUCCUCAAAGAAAUUAUCAAGCAAAUAGAUGUCCACAAGAAAUAUCAAAAGCCAGAAGAAACUACAAUAAGCGACAAUUUCCUUCAUGUAAAUAUUUCAGGAUUGAAGAGGUCAACAGAUGUUCAAGCAGCAGCAAUGAGUGACGCAGGUUACAAUCAAUUUAUUCAAUAUUUGAAAGACUCUCCUUUCAAGUACAAAAGACCAAUACUCCUUCUCUUUCGAUUGGAUCUGAUUAAUGAGGAGGUUACUAUUGAAAACGGAGAAGAAGAAAUUAAACUUCACGAUAUUGUUAUGAGAUUAGGGAAAGGUAUCAUUCAAAGAGGAUAUGAAGAUCGCGAAAUGUUAGAAUCUGUUGCCAUGAUGUUUGCUUUUUGCCAUCAUGAAUCUCAAUCAUACCUGUCCAUAGCCAUUGAAUUACUGGUUAAAAGUCACAGACAUUCAUCAAUUUUCACACACGGCCUUAGCUCGAUUAAAAUUAAGGAAAUACAAAGUUUGGAAGAAGCAGCCAAAUCUGAUGGUAUUGUAUCACCUGGAUAUUUCAAAAUCCAAACCAUCAAGAAGAAUCAAGAGAUGAUCACUGCUCUUCAUAAGGAUUUUUUCAAGGAAUUAUUAAAUGAUCCUAUCAAGAUUUCCAACCUCAAAUCAAUAAUGAGGAAAACCAGUGAACUUUGUAGAACAUUAUUGGGAUUAGUAAUGAUUGCAACUGCCAUUGGCUUUUCAGCUUAUCAUGGAAUUGCAAUUAAGAGCAACAUUUUCAAUUCGAGCAUUGUUUGCAUUCCACAAAUUAUUUCUGCAUCAGUUAUCAAAAAUAUCAGAUCAAUGCAAAACUGGAUCAAUAUAUUUGUAUUGUCUGGUUAUGAAUGGCCAACUGAAAGAAAUGGAUACGAGAUGCCUUCACCAAGUAUAUAUUUGAGAAAUUUCACAGAUAGUAUUGAGACUUCAAUUUUCAAUAUCAGAGAGUUGAUAGCAUUGGGACAAUCUCUUGUGUUUGAUGUUUCAACAUUAACUUCAUACGGUAAAUCUAUGCAUUCAUUCAAAAUUCCAAGCGUGAAUGGAACUGACGGAUUCAAUACAAAACAAUACAUUGGAGAACCAGAAAUCAGAAAAGUAUCCGUUGUUGAAAUUUCUAACUUAUUGAUUCAAUACAUGGACAAACACAUGGCUCAAUUCCCAGAAACUGACAUCUUGAAUUAUUUCAAUUCCACAAGUGAGGCAACAAAAGUAGAAAUUCAACAAAAUUUGAAGAAUUCAACAUUCAUGAAUCCAGUUAAAGAUUAUGAUUUUAUGUUAUUAUGGCUUAACACACCAAUAGCUUCACAAGCAUAUAAGGAUUUUUGUAUUGAUUUUGUUGAAUUGAGCUCUGAUAGUGUUGCCUCACUUCAAUAUCAAUCUCAAUAUUUCUUCCUUUGUGUUUUAGUAUCCUAUAUUACAUUUGGAUUAUGCACGGCUAUAUAUAUCAUUGUAGAGUUGAGAUAUAUUGAUAGAUUGAUAAAAUUAUUUGAGAAGGAAAUUGGAAAGGAUGUUAUUGGAAAGAUUUAUCAAAAGUUAUCGUCAAAGAAUGAUACUGAAACUUCAUUGAGCACUUCUAUACUUACAAAAUUUGCUAGAUUCGAUGCCUUUGUAGUCAUUUCAAUUCUUGUCAUCUCAAUGAUAGUGCCACUGAUUGUUGGUUUAAUUUACUAUGAAACAAGUUUUAACAUUACAACUGCAUUGGUAAACUAUGUCGAUGUUAAAUCAAGUUUUGAAUGUGCACAAACAAUGAUGUUAUCAUCAUUCUACACUACUGAAAUGAGCAUCUACUUUGCAAUUCCAUCUUUGAGUUAUUCCACCAAGAACCUCAAAUAUUAUGGUCAUCCUUAUUUCAAUUCUCGCUCGUUCUCAGAAUUAAGCCUAGAGAUAAAACAACAAGCUGAUACUGCAAGCGCUAACUGGAAUGAUUUAUUAUAUGGAGAUGUUAACAAAACCAAUGAUCUUCCAGUUUUGGGAUCAUAUCCAACUGUUGAUAACCUGCUGUAUGGUGAAAAAAACUGUAGCCUCUAUUUACAACAAAGAAAUAUUCCAUUUUCCUAUGAUUCCUUCAUUGAAUAUUGUCAUGGGCUAGAAAAUGUAGUGACUGAAUACUUGGCACUGACUUCUGAAGUGACUGAGAAUACUAGAGAUCAUUAUCUGACACAAUCAAGAAAUCCCAAUAUUAUAAUAGAUCCAUUGGAUAUUUAUUUACAACACCAUGAUCUAUUCAGAAUGUCUCUCCCCCUAACCAAAAAGCUGAAGAGUUUUGUUCGUGAAUUUGUUGAUUAUGCAUCAACGCUAUCCACUGGAUAUGUGAUUGGAGCAAAUUUAUUUGGAUUAAUAUUUAUUGCUUUUCUUUCUUUUAUGAUUUAUACAGUAAUGACAAAUUAUUGGGAUACUUUACAAAAAGUAAGAAUAAUGCUCAACUAUUUACCUUUGGAUACUAUUGAUAGAAAUGAUGUAUUGAGAAACAACGUGCUUUAUCACUCAUAUCCAUCAAUAGUAGAAAUUAAUGUGUUGAAUAACAGCUCAAAAAGAAGUAGCAACAAUACAUACUUGGAAAACUUGUCAGAAUUCAUCAAUAAUCACAUUGAAGGAACAGCUGUUCUCAAUGAAAAAGGAGAAGUGGAGGUAAUCAAUGUUUCAGCUCACAGAAUGUUUGGAAGUAAACCUGCAGAUAUUUUGGGAGCUACAUUCUUUAAACUGGUUGAGAAUAGUUAUUUGGACAAGAUGAAAAAGACAAUGAGUUCAUUAUGUGAGGCAGCUAAAAAAGCUUCUGAAGCUACCACAUCUGAGCAAUCAAAAUUGACAGACACUAUUGAGGUGGAUUGUUUUAGAAUGAAUCAAACCAAAUUCCCUGCCAAAUUAUCAUUUUUUACCAGUAAUAUUACAGGAAAGGGAAUUAUGAUUGUUUGCACCAUUAAGGAUAUCACUUCAGAGAAGAAACAAAAUGCCCUCCUUGCAGAAGAAAAGAAAAAUUCUGAAAAUCUCUUGAAGAAUAUAUUACCUGAGGGUGUAGCAGCAAGAUUAAAGAAGGGUGAAACAUUCAUUGCUGAGAAAUUGAAUGACAUUACAUGUUUCUUUUCAGAUAUGGUUGGAUUCACCAAAAUUUCAAGCAAUAUGCAAGCAACAGAUCUUGUCAAAAUGUUGAAUUAUGUUGUGAAUGGAUUUGACAAAUUGACUGAAAAGUAUGAUUUGGAAAAGAUCAAAACCAUUGGAGAUGCUUACUUUGUGGUUGGAGGACUCAAAGGUUCUUCAGACCAUCCUGAAAGUAUGCUCAAAUUUGCAAUUGAAACAUUUGAUGUAAUUAAGGAUUUCAACACGAAUGGAACGCUUCACAAUGGAGAAUUUUUAAAUAUCAGAGUUGGAAUUAACACUGGUUCAUGUGUUGCAGGUGUAAUUGGUAUUAAAAAAUUUGCCUAUGAUUUAUGGGGUGAUACCAUCAAUACAGCCUCUCGUAUGGAAUCAACAGGAGUUCCCGGAAGGAUUCAAAUUUCCAGAACAACCUAUGAAAGAGUUUAUGAUUUGGGCUUUGAAUUUGAUGAAAGACAAGUUGAAGUGAAAGGAAAAGGACGUAUGCAAGCAUAUCUUCUCAAUUCCAAACAUCAUACCAAUCCAGAUCCAUCUAAAUCCACUCCAAUUGGAGGUGAUGAUGCAGAUGGUGAGGUGGUAGUUCAGAAAUUAAACCAAGGUCAAUCAAUGUUCAUUGAAUCUACUACAAUGGAAGAAAACUAA